AUGGCUUUUGAUUCUAUUACUUCACGCGCUGCAAGUAUAACUUUAAAAAUUAUCAAAAUAAGCUUUGAAAAUGGGAACAGUGUAUCCUAUUCAGUACAUGUAUCUGAAGAUUACCCAGAUAAUACAUAUGUGUCAAGUUCAGAAAAUGAUGAAGAUGUAUUAGUUACUACAGAGCCAAUUCCAGUCAUUUUUCAUCGAAUAGCAACAGAAUUAAGAAAGACAAAUGACAUUAACUGUUGCUUAUCCAUAAAAUCCAAAUUACAGAAGGAAAAUGGGGAGGAGUCAAGACAAAAUAGUACGGUGGAAGAAGAUUCUGAAGGAGAUAAUGAUUCUGAAGAAUUUUAUUAUGGAGGACAGGUGAACUAUGACGGGGAGCUGCACAAGCACCCCCAACUCGAAGCUGAUUUGUCGGCAGUGAGAGAGAUAUAUGGGCCACAUGCAGUUUCUCUCAGGGAAUAUGGAGCCAUUGAUGAUGUAGAUAUUGAUCUGCAUAUUGAUGUUAGCUUUCUUGAUGAGGAGAUUGCUGUGGCAUGGGAAGUGAUUCGAACAGAACCUAUAAUUGUCCGACUACACUGUUCGCUUACACAGUAUUUAAAUGGCCCAGUGCCCACUGUUGAUGUCUUUCAGAUUUCCACAAAAGAGAGAUUUGGACUGGGACAUCAGCUGAAAAAAAUCAUGCAGACAUUUGUUACACAGCAGUGGAAACAGAGCAAAGAAAAAUCUAGUUGCCUGCACAAUAAGAAGCUGUCAGAGAAGAAAGUGAAGUCUCCCCUGCAUCUAUUUUCUACCUUGCGCAGGUCGCCAAGUUAUCCUCCCCCUGGUUGUGGAAAAAGCAAAUCCAAACUGAAAUCGGAGCAAGACGGGAUCUCCAAGACGCAUAAGCUGCUGCGGAGGACUUGUUCCAGCACAGUCAAGACGGAGGACGUGUGCGCCCCGAAGCCACACAGGACCUUCGGUCGCUCGCUGUCCAGCGACCCCCGGGCUGAGCAGGCGGUGACGACCAUUAAGUCACACAAGCUCUUGAACCGUCCCUGCCCUGCAGCCGUCAAGCAGGAGGACUGCCUCGCUCUCAAGUCGCACAAACUCUUGACUCGCUCUUGUUCUGGAGACCCGCGCUGUGAGCACAACGCCAGCCUGAAGCCUCACAAACUGCUAAGCAGGUCUUAUUCCAGUAACCUCAGAAUGGAAGAAUUAUAUGGACUCAAGAAUCACAAGUUGCUCAGCAAGUCUUACUCCAGUGCCCCCAAGUCAUCCAAAACGGAGCUUUUCAAGGAACCCAGCGCAGAGGGCCGGAGGCUCUCUCUUACCUCAGGGCUCAUUGGUAUCUUAACACCAUCAUCAUCUUCAUCUUCCCAGCCUGCUCCAAAUGGUGCCAAAUGUAUUCCAAUACGAGACCGUGGCUUCCUAGUGCAGACGAUUGAGUUUGCUGAACAGCGGAUCCCUGUGUUGAAUGAAUACUGUGUGGUUUGUGAUGAGCCACAUGUGUUUCAAAAUGGCCCCAUGCUUAGGCCUACUGUGUGUGAACGAGAGCUGUGUGUAUUUGCUUUUCAAACCCUGGGAGUAAUGAAUGAAGCUGCUGAUGAAAUAGCAACUGGAGCUCAGGUGGUAGAUCUACUAGUAUCCAUGUGUAGGUCCGCAUUGGAAUCUCCUAGAAAAGUUGUCAUUUUCGAGCCAUAUCCUUCUGUGGUAGAUCCUAACAAUCCUCAGAUGCUGGCCUUCAACCCGAGGAAGAAGAACUAUGAUCGAGUAAUGAAAGCAUUGGACAGCAUAACUUCUAUUAGAGAAAUGACACAAGCACCAUAUCUGGAAAUCAAGAAGCAGAUGGAUAAACAAGACCCCCUUGCUCAUCCCUUACUGCAAUGGGUUAUUUCAAGUAAUAGGUCACAUAUUGUGAAACUGCCAGUUAACAGGCAACUGAAGUUCAUGCACACUCCCCAUCAAUUCCUUCUUCUCAGCAGUCCACCAGCCAAAGAAUCCAAUUUUAGAGCUGCUAAAAAACUCUUCGGAAGCACCUUUGCAUUUCAUGGCUCGCACAUUGAAAACUGGCACUCCAUCCUGAGAAAUGGUCUGGUUGUUGCUUCUAAUACACGACUGCAGCUCCACGGUGCAAUGUAUGGAAGUGGAAUCUAUCUUAGUCCAAUGUCAAGCAUAUCAUUUGGUUACUCAGGGAUGAACAAGAAGCAGAAGGUGUCAGCCAAGGAUGAGCCAGCUUCAAGCAGUAAAAACAGCAACGCAUCACAGUCACAGAAAAAAGGACAGCAAUCCCAGUUCCUGCAAAGCCGUAACUUAAAAUGCAUAGCCUUAUGUGAAGUGAUCACCUCACCUGACCUGCACAAACAUGGAGAGAUAUGGGUCGUCCCAAAUACUGAUCAUGUCUGCACACGGUUCUUUUUUGUCUACGAAGAUGGCCAAGUGGGAGACACAAAUAUUAACACACAAGAAGGAGGCAUUCACAAAGAGAUCCUUCGAGUAAUUGGUAAUCAAACUGCUACUGGUUAAAGGACCACCAUUUAAUUAACAUGAUUUGAAAGCCUUCCUCGGGUUCAAAGCUGGAUUUUGAACUGAAGAAGAUGAUAAAAUAAUUUAUUGUUAUUAUAAACAAAAUUAACCCUUUGAA